GGUCGUGAGUGUUGUGAUAUGCAGGUUAUCACUCAGUCGUUCACAAGUCGUUAUGAACUUAUGUCUUGUAUAACCAAAUUGGAGUUUAUUAAAAGACAUCCAUGCGGUAGGUUGUAUGAUAUUUGUAUGUGUCGCCCUACUCUCCUAAGCACUGGUGACUAGUUGUCACAGUUGCUCUGUAAAUAGUAACCGCCGACUGAAACAAUUCGUUUUAAAGUUUUUAUUAAUUUAUUUUAUUUAGUUGAUGUUAUUGCUAUGUUAAGUUGCCAUUCAAGUUCACAGGGGCAGGUUAGUGUGCGUUAAUGCUGUCUGUAUAUAAUCGUGGCCAUAGAUAAUUACAAUUGCCGUUAUAUGUUUCAAGGAUAUACUUCUAUCGAAUGUGCUAUAUGUGUCAAUGUAUUAAUUCAAUUAAGUUUAGAGUUUAUGAGCCACAGGGUGUCCACGGGCCUUGAAAAUCCUGGAAAGUCCUUGAAUUGGAAAAAAAAAUUCCAGCACUGGAAAGUCCUUGAAAAUCAGUAGUAGUCCUUGAAAGUCCUGGAAUUAAUUUCCUUAACCUCCAGCUGUGCCAACAUUAUGGAUUUUGAUUAAAAUUACUGAAUAAAUUGAAUUAUGUACGGCAAAUCCGUGCCAUUUUCAAAGAUUUUUCCCAGUUCUAGAUCCUUGAAUUUACUGAAAAAGGGCCUUGAAAGUCCUGGAAUUUCACCUUCACCAAAGGGUGGAGCCAAAUCCAUUGACGUAAUUAUCAUAGUAAAAGUUGGAGAGGAAAAAAGUUUACUUUAGUUAAUAUGUAAUAGUGCAUGAUAUAGACUGUGUUACAUAAGUUAGUGAGUUCCUUUUACGCUCUUGAAGAGUUAACAUGAACGACGAAGUCAGAUAAGUAUGAAUAUAUACAAUGUGUAUAACCAAUCAAAAUUUGUAUAACUAUAAUAAAUAAAAUUUUGGAGCACACGUUCUGUACGUAUUGGUGAUCCUACCUGGCAAAAAGUAACCUGUAUGGCACGAGGUAACAAUCUCUGCUUGAUCGUGGUGGGAAUCGCCGGAAACCGCGACCUUUUGGUUUGCUAGUCCGAUGCUCUACCAACUGAGCUACGAGCAUGCCCGGAUUUUGAGGGGAGGUGUGGGGAGAUGCGCACCUCCCAUGUGAUCGUUUUGCCCCCCCCCCCCCCCAAAAUUCAUCCACCUCCCCUUAGGAAAGGUCAAUAAAUGAUAUAACGAAGUCAAAAUUUGACUCAAACUUGACAGUUAACUUUAAUGUUUGUUGUGUUGCUUAAGGUCUACAUCUCUGUGUCAUUUAACCUUUUAAUGCAGUGUUUCGAAACUUCGUAGUAUUGUGACGAGGGGCGAAAUUGAAUGAGUUGUACAGUCAUAAUUCGUGGAUACAUUGAUGCAUGCGACUUACUGUACAGUAGAUGUAUUCGUUACGUAGUUAACUUCGGGGGGUUAACAUCCCGGGGAGGCCGUGGGCCAGACCAUUUCUACCUCCAACAUUUCCACCAAAAUCCGGCUCGACCGUACGUGAUAUUUCCAAACUAUAGUUCCUUCGAUAUCAGUAAUGUUUUGUAAGAUCAUGAAUGUAUGAUAUCAAAGGAACUAGACUGAGUUUCAAAAUAUCACCUACUCGAAUCGACUUGAACCGACUCGUAGCUCAGUUGGUAGAGCAUUGGAUUCGAAAAAGAACAAAUUCGCCAGUUCACUGCGCGUAUCUGUAGGAAAUGUUUAAAAACUUUUUCGGCCUUUACUAGUUGUUACUACAGUAAUGUAAAAAUAGUUUAUAAGUGUAUGCUGUUUUUUCACUCGUCUUCCAGGUAUUUUCAUGUACACCAUCUGUUAUGUCAAGAUGUUUUAAUUAUGAAGAGUUUUGUUCCCUUCAUGAUUUUGUUCAAGUCCUUCAAGAUAAGCUGGGUCAGUCGUUGUCUGCUAUUCAUAUUUCCUCAUGUUUCGCUCUUAAACUGGAUUGUUCACAUCAGGUAACGGUGAUAUUUUAAUUAGCUUUUCUUACACCAUGCGACCAGGCCUUGUCCUCCAUAUUUGGGUAGCAAACCGCACGGGGAAAAUAGGCGGCAAAUAGCGAAGGAGUGGAUUUAGUGAUGUAGAAAUACAGUACUAUUAUCCUGUGUUGAUUUUUCUAGGACUGGCCAGUUGACGUUGAAUGGUUAAAAAGCAAACUUCAUUGUACGUUAACUGGUAGUACUAAGGAGGUCUACGAGACAGGUUCUCAAGUAGCAGAUCUUUAUGUAUCAUUGUCAGCAUCAGUAGGUCCUGUCGACGAUGGGGAUAGUUUGGGCAAUACGCUGAAGAAUACCAUCCGUUCUGCUAGAGGCGAAGCUUUUCCAGAUUUAGCUCAGGAAAUGGGUUUGGAGGUUUUGUCUUCCCAAGAUAUUGGUAGAAAAGCGUCAAGUCCAUGUACAGAUGAAGGGGUAAGAUAUCUACACCAGUGUAUUUUUGUAUUUCAAAAUUAUGCGAUAACACAUAUUCACUUAACGAAUGCAAAGACAACAACUUAUUACCCGAUGUUUCGACGUUAAUAAAUACAUCGUUGUUAUUAAAUAGUUCGUUUUUUCAACAAUAUUUACAAUGCACACCCAAUGGUGGAGGAAUAUUUUUUCCUGUGAGCCCAACCUGAAGAUAAAAAUUUUCAGAGUAUUCUUAAGCCCCGUACAGACGAGCAAUUUUUCCUUGACAAGUUUUCUUGACGAGUACACUUGCUCGUGUGUACGACGAACAAGUUUUCCGUGACAAGUUUUCCUUGAGUUUUAUUUGCUCGUGUGUACGACAAAACUUGACAAUUUUAUACGAGCCCGCAUUAUAUAACGCAUAGUUCCCUACUGCGCAUUUCCUUGUCAAGUUUUCCUUGACGGCCGUACACACGAGCAAUUUUCCUUGUUGAAAAGCUGGCAUGACUAACUUUGAACAAGGCUCCUUGUUAAGGAAAACUUGUCAAUUUUUUUCCGUACACACCAGCAAAUAAAACUUGUCAAGGAAAACUUGCCCGUCGGUACCGGGCUUUAUGCAUAAUCUACAGUAGUAUAGUCCCCAUGCAUAAGCGCAGUUUUCUGAUCACGGAUUUGAACCUAAGGAAUAAAUAUGCCUUUCAACCAUGAAUUGUUAGGCCCAUUUUGAGACAGGUGUAUUACUUUUCUCUCUAAAUUUUCAAAUUACACAUCUUCAACGUAAUAUACUUUUGUCCUGGCAGCAAAAUCCCAAAAUAAAAAUGUCUCUGUGUGAACCAAAUUUAAAACUUCCUACAUACUGUAUUUCUGCAUAUUUCUGAGAAUGUGGUCGUAAACUUCAAUCUCUGCAUGUAAGAUAAUUUUGACUUCACUUGAAAACACUUUAACUUUUUAAACAGUAAGCAUGUUAUAUAGAAUUCCAAAAUUUCCUGUAAGACGUAAGAAAACGUCCUGCGAAGAUAUCUUGUUAGGAAUUUUCCGGGCGUGGUGUUGCUGGUGCUGCCGAACAUUUGCCAGCACUGCUUGACCCAAAUAAUAAAUUGGUUGGUCACUCUAUCAGAAACGGAUUUUAUCAUGUAUUGUAACCAUCAAGUGAGUGAGUGAGUGAGUGAGUGAGUGAGUGAGUGAGUGCGUCCGUCUAUCUAAUCGUGAAUCUCAGUGAAUCCUUGUCAUUCAUUCGGCCAGACCGCCAACUGAGCAAAUACGAUGGCUGAAAAUUAACAACAACUUCUUGAUACUGCACCUCAAGUUUUACUUUACAAGUGUUUUGUUAUUUUAGGUAUCUGCCCCUGGUCAAGUGAAUUCAUGUCUACAUGUUGUUAUUUUAAUUGGUUAUGAUUCUAAUGAUGAGCGAUCACAAGAAACUCAUGAGGCCCUAGCAAAUGCACUAGUUGCUAAUCUCAAAAUGCGACAAAUGUCUGAUAUAAAGUGCAAAUACACUUUGUUACCUUGUCACGAUGGCAAAACAUCUUGGAAAGAAAGACUUCAUUCAUGUAUUCAUUCCGUCUCCAACACGGAGGAAAAAUUAUUCUUCGUAGCAUUGGGUUCUUGUUGGACUCAUCUUAAUUUGUUGGACAUUAUGCAACAAGAACUCUAUUCUUCAAAAAGGCUCGAUUCUUGUUAUGGAAUUCAUUUCCAAGAAAUAACAUCUAUGCAGGCAUAUUUCUUGAAAUCUCGACUAAACAUUAUAAACUCCAAAGAUGUAAUGCCAACGUCGAGUACGAAAUUCCAUAUUGUCGCCACUGGUUUGGUUCAUGAUGAGAAAUCAAGUCCAGUUAACACAUUCCCAGUUUUACUGUAUAUGAUCCAUCUUGCUAUUGGGGAGAAUGGGGAACGGAUAUCAGGCAAAGGUCACAUACCAGGUUUGUAAUAGUAAUAUGUGACACAUUUUCUGGGCGGCCUUUAUUACAUUUCCAUUUCAUUACACUAUAAAAUUUAAUUUUUUAUUAUGCCUCUGCAUACUUCGUAUCUUCUUUUAAUUGUUUUCGAAGCAUACGUUUGAUUUUUUAAUUGAUGUCAAUGAUUCAAUUUAUACAUGUUCUCAUUUCUUAUUAUCGAUUUUUAUUUUUGUCCAGCUCAUUUGAAAUACAAACAAUAUAAAGGCCCAGGAAUCUCACACUGGACACUAGAAGAUGUUUAUAUGGAAACUUCGUAUGUCUUAUCCGGCUUAUCACGGAAAGCAGGUCUGUGCUUGCUGUCUUUACCGAAAACAAGUGCAUCGCAUCUGAAGGGAGAACUAUGCAGCGAUAAAACAGCCCAUGUUGCAAACGACCAAGAAUAUCAGGAAGCAAAGGUAGAGGAGCAGUUUAGUAAUAUCACAUCACAUUCCCAAGAAGACGUCAACAUGGUUGCCGAAAGCACAGCAGAUUUUGAAAGUCCAAGUAUUAAUUCAUGUUUUAACAAAGAGGAAUGUCCCAUUUCAGGAUUGAUAAGUCAAUCUUCAAACUGCAUGUCUUGCAGUUCUGAGCAAGAAAAUCAUGUUAUUAAUGCGUCAUCUUUAACUUAUAAAUCCGCAACUGACAGUAUGAUAUACAGUAGCAACGAAAGAACAUGCACCAGUGACACAACGGCACUCGAUAAAUGUUGUGAAGCAAGCUCUAGUUCGUGUGAAGUAUUGCCUGGUGUAGAGAAAUGUAUAUUUCCCUCCAUAAAUUCUACCAUAAAUGAUCGUAGUGAUUCAACGGUUGGUGAAUCUAGUACGGAGAGGGCUUUACCUGCUUUACCACAUAAAGCUGGAAACCUUUCUAAUGUGGAGAAAUGUACAGUUUUCUUCUGUUCUACCGUCAAUGAUUGUAGUAGUUCUACAGUUGGCGAAUCUAGCACGGAAGUGGCUUUACCAUAUAAAGCUGAAAAUCUUUACAAUUUGGAGAAAUAUUGUGUUUCUUCCUUAAAUUCUUCCUUACAUUAUUGUAGUGGUUCCACGGCUGGUGAAUCUAGUACGAAGGUGGCUUUACCAGACAAAACUGAAAUUCCUUCCAAUGUGGAGAAAGGUACAGUUUCCUUCAAUUCUCUCGUAAGUGAUUGUGGUAGUUCAACGGCUGGUGAAUCUAGUACGAAGGUGGCUUUACCAGACAAAACUGAAAAUCCUUCCAGUGUGGAGAAAGGUACAGUUUCCUUCAAUUCUCUCGUAAGUGAUUGUGGUAGUUCAACGGCUGUUGAAUCUAGUACGAAGGUGACUUUACCAGACAAAACUGAAAAUCCUUCCAAUGUGGAGAAAGGUACAGUUUCCUUCAAUUCUCUCGUAAGUGAUUGUGGUAGUUCAACGGCUGGUGAAUCUAGUACGAAGGUGGCUUUACCAGACAAGACUGAAAAUCCUUCCAAUGUGGAGAAAGGUACAGUUUCCUUCAAUUCUCUCGUAAGUGAUUGUAGUGGUUCAACGGCUGGUGAAUCUAGUACGAAGGUGUCUUUACCAGACAAAACUGAAAAUCCUUCCAAUGUGGAGAAAGGUACAGUUUUCUUCAAUUCUCUCGUAAGUGAUUGUAGUGGUUCAACGGCUGGUGAAUCUAGUACGGAGGUGGCUUUACCAGACAAAACUGAAAAUCCUUCCAAUGUGGAGAAAGGUACAGUUUCCUUCAAUUCUCUCGUAAGUGAUUGUAGUGGUUCAACGGCUGGUGAAUCUAGUACGAAGGUGUCUUUACCAGACAAAACUGAAAAUCCUUCCAAUGUGGAGAAAGGUACAGUUUUCUUCAAUUCUCUCGUAAGUGAUUGUAGUGGUUCAACGGCUGGUGAAUCUAGUACGGAGGUGGCUUUACCACACAAAACUGAAAAUCCUUCCAAUGUGGAGAAAGGUACAGUUUCCUUCAAUUCUCUCGUAAGUGAUUGUAGUGGUUCAACGGCUGUUGAAUCUAGUACGAAGGUGACUUUACCAGACAAAACUGAAAAUCCUUCCAAUGUGGAGAAAGGUACAGUUUCCUUCAAUUCUCUCGUAAGUGAUUGUAGUGGUUCAACGGCUGGUGAAUCUAGUACGAAGGUGUCUUUACCAGACAAAACUGAAAAUCCUUCCAAUGUGGAGAAAGGUACAGUUUUCUUCAAUUCUCUCGUAAGUGAUUGUAGUGGUUCAACGGCUGGUGAAUCUAGUACGGAGGUGGCUUUACCACACAAAACUGAAAAUCCUUCCAAUGUGGAGAAAGGUACAGUUUCCUUCAAUUCUCUCGUAAGUGAUUGUAGUGGUUCAACGGCUGGUGAAUCUAGUACGAAGGUGUCUUUACCAGACAAAACUGAAAAUCCUUCCAAUGUGGAGAAAGGUACAGUUUCCUUCAAUUCUCUCGUAAGUGAUUGUAGUGGUUCAACGGCUGGUGAAUCUAGUACGAAGGUGUCUUUACCAGACAAAACUGAAAAUCCUUCCAAUGUGGAGAAAGGUACAGUUUCCUUCAAUUCUCUCGUAAGUGAUUGUAGUGGUUCAACGGCUGGUGAAUCUAGUACGAAGGUGGCUUUACCAGACAAAACUGAAAAUCCUUCCAAUGUGGAGAAAGGUACAGUUUCCUUCAAUUCUCUCGUAAGUGAUUGUGGUAGUUCAACGGCUGUUGAAUCUAGGACGAAGGUGACGUUACCAGACAAAACUGAAAAUCCUCCCAAUGUGGAGAAAGGUACAGUUUCCUUCAAUUCUCUCGUAAGUGAUUGUAGUGGUUCAACGACUGGUGAAUCUAGUACGAAGGUGGCUUUAUCACACAAAAUAGAAAAUCCUUCCAAUGUGGAGAAAGGUACAGUUUUCUUCAAUUCUCUCGUAAGUGAUUGUGGUAGUUCAACGGCUGGUGAAUCUAGUACGGAAGUGGCUUUACUACACAAAACUGAAAAUCCUUCCAAUGUGGAGGAAGGUACAGUUUCCUUCAAUUCUCUCGUAAGUGAUUGUGGUAGUUCAACGCCUGGUGAAUCUAGUACGAAUGUGGCUUUACCAGACAAAACUGAAAAUUCUUCCAAUGUUGAGAAAGGUACAGUUUCCUUCAAUUCUCUCGUAAGUGAUUGUAGUGGUUCAACGGCUGGUGGAUCUAGUAUGGAGAUGGCUUUACCGCUUAAAGCUAGUGAAAAUCUUUCUAAUAUGGAGAAAGGUACAGUUUCUUCCCUAAAUUCUACUGUAAAUGAUUGCAGUAGUUCAACGGUUGGUCACUGUGAUAAUGGAACGCUUCCCGAGGAUAAAAUACACGAGCCUGAUGAUGAGGACGAGUAUAUAUGUGUGACAGAUGAUGAAACAGAUAGACCAUGUUCUGACAGUAAGUGGAACACAAGUGAUGACUUGCCUUUGAUGGCAAAUGUUGAUGAAGUCUUGGUCACACAUUAUGUGUUAAGUUUAAGUGUUAAUUUUAGUGACAAAGUUAUGAGUGGAGAUAUAACAUUAUUUUUAAAACCUGCUACCGAACUAGUCGUACAAAGACAGUUUCAGUUAUGUUUAGAUUGUUCCUUAGUGGACAUUGAAUCUGUCGAGGAAAUCAAUUUGAAAGAUGACUUUAGUGUAAGACAAUAUGGUGCUACUGAUGAUCACACAAGGUGUGCUCCGUAUCCACCAGAUGUUUUUCAAGUGGACAAGAAAGUUCCUGUUGCUCUUCCCUACACUUUACUGCCUUAUGCUGUACGUAACUGGUGUGUUAGGAUAUGGAAACCUUACCAGCUGGGUACAACAUGGCCACGUUGUGUGAGAAUAAAGUAUUGUACAAGACCCGAGGGAAAGUCAUUAACCUGGACAAGUGAUCAAGAUAACAGGUACAUGGGAACUAUCGUAAAUCCUCUAUUAAACCCUUUAAACUAUUUAUAAGUUCUCUGAUGUGGGAAUACAGCACCCCAAAAAUGGCAGAUAUUGGCCCACGUGAGAAAGACUAAUACGAUGUUGAAUUAUAUAUAUAUAUAUAUAUAUAUAUAUAUAUAUAUAUAUAUAUAUAUAUAUAUAUAUAUAUAUAUAUAUAUAUAUAUAUAUAUAUAUAUAUAUAUAUAUAUAUAUAUAUAUAUAUAUAUAUAUAUAUAUAUAAAGCUUAUUAGAUUGUUUAUAUCUUAAAAUUAAAUAUCGCUACUCUGAGUUUCACGUCCUUUCUAGACGAUCAUCAGGCGAUUUUGUUCACGAUUUUGUUACUGAUUACGUGAUAUAUAUAUAUAUAUAUAUAUAUAUAUAUAUAUAUAUAUAUAUAUAUAUAUAUAUAUAUAUAUAUAUAUAUAUAUAUAUAUAAUUCAAUUUGUUUUGGUUGCCUGAAACGUGAAACGUGAGGACGUGAAACUCAGAGUAGCGAUAUUUAAUUUUAAGAUAUAGACAAUCUAUAUAUAUAUAUAUAUAUAUAUAUAUAUAUAUAUAUAUAUAUAUAUAUAUAUAUAUAUAUAUAUAUAUAUAUAUAUAUAUAUAUAUAUAAUUAAACAUGUACAUAUAUACAAAACAAGUCUGACUUACAAAAGAUGGUAACGUGAAAGAUUAGGCUAAAUACUAAAAUCCAACGCCCAGAACAAUUAAUGAAUCAACUCUGUUUCACAUCUGUUUCAAAAGGAGAAGCAGAGGUUAAAAGAAAGGGGGAUUAAAAUUUUUUCUUGAAAACCUGUUAGUGACCUGUUAAAUAUGGGGGCGUAUGUGCGACGUGGGCUUAAUGGAGGAUUUACAGUUAAUAAUGUUCCCUUUGUCAUAUGUGUUGAAGAUUACCACAAACUGAUACGAACACAGUUUUUAAUCCAGUCCCUCCUCGGCAAUCUGACGUCCGUGUUGACAAAAAACGUCGCUUGCUUAAGCUCGCUAUUUAUUUUCUACCGUGCAGUCAAACGUAUGGCACAUCAACAUUUUCUUCUGUGCAUUUUCUAUUUAGACCAUGUGUCUUCUCUCCCGGUGCAUAUAUCAACAAUCGUUCUCUUAUGCCAUGUCAAGAACCUCCAAUUGCGAUGUCAACGUGGCAAGCUGCAAUACAUGUACCUAAAGGAUGUACAGUAUUAAUGAGUGGUAAUCAACUACCGGUGCAGAACUCAGAUGAUGCAGAUAUUGGUAUGCAGUUUAUUGCGUGGUGUUGUUGAGCACUCUGCGGAGUUGUAAUGGGUGUCUAUUAGCGAUAAUGCAAAGCUCACUUCCCUUGUGGUCGUUUGAGCACUCUGACCCCAUUACGCUCUGCGCAUGUCUGGGUGUGUUGAGUCACCGUGUUGUACCACAUGCCUUGGUGAGAGCAAGUUCAUGGGAUAUAAAUACGAGUGUCUCACGUAUCUAGACGUGUACCAAGCUGCACUGACGAGGCGUAGAACGCCGAAACAUGCAUGUCUGCAGAUUGUACUAUUACGCUCCUUCACCUCGGUGUUGUUGAGCGCUCUGCGGAGUUGUAAUGAGUGUCUAUUAGCGAUAAUGCAAAGCUCACUUCCCUAUAUAUCCCAAUAAAGAUUAUGCCCUACAGUCUGUUUUGCAUAUGCAAUAGAUUUCUGGUUACAUUGUUUGGAUAUACAUUUUAGGCAUGUAUAGUACAUUCGGAAUUGGAAAAUGUUCUGGACUGUUGCCCUUGGAAGACAACAAAACAUUAGAGUAUAUUAGGUGGUAGCAAUUUUGAAUAAGGAAAGUAAACGGUGAUAACUGAUAUACAGUAGCCCGGUGAUUCGAACUCGCUUGACUCGACCUCCCCACUAACUCGAACUAAAUCCAAUUUUCCCUGGAUUUGAGCCAACUUUUACAAUAAUUUAUUCCGGUUAAACUCGAACUCGCUUAACUCGAACAAAUUUCAUUUCCCAUUGAAAUUUGCCCUGUUAACUUGAACUGUAUUUUUAGUUAACAACUAUAAUGUCAGAACAUAUACUCAGGUAUAUAAUAUAAUAUAAUAUAAACAAACGUAAUAAAAUGUUCAAUAAGUUGGGUCGAUCAUAACUGAUCUAGCUGAUUUUAAAAUGACUAUACCGUAUUAAUAAUUAACAUAAUAAACGAAAUCCCAGACGAUAAUAGAGAACUUAAGGUACGUUUAUACGCUGCGAUGUUAUCGAAUGAGCACGCGUGAAGUGGUUGCAUUUCAAAUUUCGCUAUAAACGAAACGAAGGGAAAUUCUGACGACAUUCCUAUUUCUUUUAGCGACAUUUUUAUAUGAGAUGAAUAUCCCAUUACCAUGCUCAACAUUAGCUCUUGCUAUUGGUUGGUUUGAAUGUCGUCAAACAUCAACGGUUGCCUUGUCAUCCACCAUACCAUGUCGUGUGUUCAGUGCGACAAGUGUUAUUAAUGAAGCAUCUGAAGAGCUAUUACCUCGCUGUACAAAGUAUGUUACUGCUGCGUGUGAAAUGCUUGGACCUUAUCCCUUUUCAAGAAUGGAUUUAGUAAUAUUACCAAGAUGUUUUGCUUGUAUGGGAUUGAUGAGGUGUGUAUUGAAAAUCAGUCAUGAAUAACUCGAUGUAUUGUCUAAGCCUUUGAGAACAUUGUUGGGAUUGGAUCAUUCAUGCAAUUAUAUUCCGCACAGGAAUGUGUAUAGCGCUGUUUUGAAAAAAGGACUCUUUGUGAGGAAUAUUCCUAAAUACUAAUUAUUUAUGCAGUCAUCACGGGAACCACAACAUUGCUGACACCUUGUUUACUUCUCUUUUUAGUCCAAAUAUGGCAUUCCUUUCUCAGUCGAUAUUGGCACGUGACGGAAGCAUGUGUACACGUGUUGCUCACGAAAUAUCGCACUCGUGGUUCGGGUUACUAAUUGGGGCAAAAGAUUGGUCCGAGGAAUGGCUGAGUGAAGGUUUCGCCACUUAUAUGGAGGAAAGGAUACUUUGUAAAGUAGAAGGCGUAGGUAUAUUGAUGUAUUCAUAGCGUAGUGGCAGUGUAUACGAACCUAACGUGUGAACAUUUUCUCUGGGUACUUCGAAACAAUGGGAAAGUCACUUUUGGGACCUCUAGGGAUGAAAACUUAUAGAUCUGAUAGAGCGCUCUAUCCAGUAUAAACUGUAGGACGUGUACUGGGAUUUGUAGAUUGAAAUUUCGAGUAUGAGUUCAAUACAUUUGAUUAGACAUAAACAGGAGCAGUGGCGCAAAAUGCAACUAUAGGACCUGCCGGCCCUACGAUUCCGGUGCAUGCAGGGCUCCAACUAACUGAGCCACAGAAGCCAGCGGUCGAGUUCUAACUGGAAGUUCACGCAUAUAUGUACUAUGGUGAUGCCAAUGUAAGGUACAUGGGUAAAUAUCAGGAGUUUGGACAUUUACACUCGCUAUAACUAAUUCAUGAUUUCCCCUUAUUACGUUUUCGUAGCGCUUUGCAUUGUGGUUAUAGUGGUAUCACUGAUAAAGAUAGCGGCUUCGAAUGAAAAUAUUGAAUGUUUUCACGAAUAUUUUGCUGUUAGCUAUCGCGCACCUGACCCUAGUUUAUUUUAAAAGUUCUUGCACGGGUCAGGACAAAAAAUAAGCCAUAGCCAUCUUGAAUAUCAGUGAUACCACUAUAACCACAAUGCAAAGCGCUACGAAAACCUAAUAAGGGGAAUCAUCAAUUGCCGCAGGUCCGAUUCCUGUCGAAGGGCCUAUAGCUCUCUCUUCCGCAGAGGUUUCCAACAUUAACUAUUAUGUGUCCACAUGAAGUUGUAAAGGGAAGCGUGGGGAACUUCCGCUGAUUAUAGGGAAGAGAGGAACGUAGGCGCGAAGUAAAAUGAAAUCUUUCCUCUCAAGGCCAGCGAGAGGGAGCAAAAUACCCGGGGCCCGGAGUGCUCAGAGGGGUCCGGAAGUCUCGGUAAAAUGUUUGUAUUGUUUAUCAUCGCUUUAUGUUUGUCCUAAAUGAAAUACGCCUACUUGCACACUAUUCGAUUCGAUGACCGUCGUCAUCGAUUGUAAAACGUACCAAAUGUGAAAUAAACGAUUUUUCGAUCUUUUUCUCAGCAAGAACAGUUAGCUGAACAUCGUUCACAUUGCGUUUUUAUCAGUUAUGUGGCGAUUUCUUGCCGAAGUAAUUCGCUGGCAAUUCUCUCGUUGAUUGCGAUUAAAAAUAGCAAGCGGGAGAGUCGAGAGGGACAGGGGGCCCGUGUUCACCAAUCGUCAUUUUGUCCCGGGGGCCGUGGUUGGCUCUCGCCGGCCUUGGUUCCUCCCUCAAUCGGUCAGCGGUGGUUUUCUUUAUAUCAACUUUCUAAAAAGCCUCUGCGAAGGAGAGAGGGCCAUUGAACUAUAAAUAAACUGGAAGGCUAACUCAGGGGGGGAAAUUGAAGCCAGUGCAUUUUAGUUUUUCUGAGUUAUGAGCAGAAAUACUCAACACUGAACAUUGGGCUAUAUAUCAAAUUGAAGCUAUUGAAAAACACUAUUUGGUGUAGAAAUUUCAAGACUUUAGCUAAAAGGGAAAUAUUGAAAAACUACAAACAUAAUUACCGAUAAUUUGCCGUUUUGCAGUUGUUUUUGUAUUUUUUAAAUAUUUUUCUUUUCGCUGAAGUCUUGAAAUUUCCACACCGAAUAGCAAUUUUCAAUAGCUUCAAUUUGAUAUAUAGCCCGACGUUUGGGGUCAAGUAUUUCUGCUCAUAACUCAGAAAAACUAUUUUGGCUUCAUCGAAUCAUAGGCCUUCAUCAUAGCAGUUAGCCUUCCAGUUUAUUUAUAGUUCAAUGGAGAGGACCUAUAGUUGCAUUUUUCGCAACUGCUCCUUGUUACGUCUAAUCAAUGUAUGAAAUUUACACUUGAAAUUUCCAUCUACAAACCCCUCAUGCAAUAGUUAAUUUAUAUCGAGUGUAGAUGCCCCCUGAUAUUUACCCAUACGUGUACUGUACCAACUAGACCGUUGUAAACAUUUCAACCGGGAAGAAACGACAAUCUUUUUAUUAGACUUACCGUUCAUUUCGUUUAUUUUUCAGUUGCACCAACCAAAAAAGAGUCUAUUCCUUUCACUUCUUAUGUGAGAUUGCGAAUUUCCGUAAUUUCUGUGAAAAUUAUAGGUGCAUGCGUCUGCCAGCUCAACCAUGCAACGGGAUUGUCUACAUCCAGGCUGUUUUCAAUUACUUCUAUGUACAUUAAUUGUUUUAUUUGUUACUAGUGGGAAGGUGAUGAAGAAUUGUUUUACGUAGAACUGUAUCAAAUUCUCAAACACAGAACCUUACUAGCUGAAUUUCAGCAUGCUGAUGAAAACAUGCAACGUCUUAGGUAUAAAACGUUUUCUUAUGAUAGCAGCUUCAGUCAAAAUCGACAUAUACAGUAACUAAGCAUCUUGGCUAAUAUAAUUGUCAUAUAAUGAAAUGUCAUUUUAGCUGAAAAUAUAGCGUCCAUAACCAAGUUUUACACUGCAUAUAGAUUGUAACUGGCAAUUGUAAAGUGUGAUAUCUAAUAUUUUUUUUCAAUUAGAUAUUGUGAAUAUGUUUUAGUUCCUAAACAUUUCGUCCUUUAUAACUUUUUUAACCAUUCAUGAUAUGUACCAUGUAUUUUUAGUAACCACUUUUUUUCACUUUUCUUAGGCCAAAGUUACCAAGCGUGGUCACUGGUAAGCACGUUGUGAUCUACUUAGUUUGAAACAAUAUGUUGUAAAAAUAUUGAUAAGCGAAAUAGACGUAAACCAAUGAGAUAACUGUUGAACUUAUAAACAAGUUGCUUUAGACAAUUCAAAUUGAUGCUUGUGAUGUUACUCUGAGUGUAUAUCCACACCGGGCAGGCUUGAAAAAUAUGCCUGGCCACGGUGGGAAUCGAACCUACGACCUUUGGAAUACUAGGCUAGCCCAAUGCUCUGCCAACUGAGCUACGCGGUCAGGUCGGUUCGAGUAUGUGAUAUUUCGGAUCUGAAUCUAGUUCCUUCGAUAUCAAUGUAAUCUAAUAAUCAUGAUAUUUGCUGUGUUGGUGUAAUGUACUCAGGUGAAUAAGAUGCUUGUGAUGUUACUCUAGGUUCGAUUCCCACCGUGGCCAGGCAUAUUUUUCAAGCCUGCCCGGUGUGGAUAUACACUCAGAGUAACAUCACAAGCAUCUUAUUCACCUGAGUACAUUACACCAACACAGUAAAUAUCACAAUUCAAAUUGUUUUUACAUACAGAAAAAUCAUAGUAUCUUUAAAUAUCAUGUUUAUAGCUGCGGAAGCUGUUCGUCAGAGCGUGGAGAAGAAAACUGGAGAUAAAAGUGAUGAUGUUCCUCAUACUACCGUUACCAAUGGCCAAGUUUGUUCAAAAAAGUGGACACAGAUAUAUUAUCUCAAGGUAAAUCUUACAUGAUGUUUCAGAAUGUGCAUGUCACUGAUGUCACUACAAUGUCAAUUACCUGUAAAACAAAUGAACGUGAUUCAGGCAUGUGUAGUGUUUAUGGACUUUUUUUGUUCUGCCAGUUUUUUAUCGUAUAAAUAAUAAGAGAAAUAUGACGAUUCUGUGCCUACUGUAAAUCCUUAGAGGCUAGAGCAGAAACCUACCCGUUUCCAAUCUCACGCAUAACAUGGCUGGUAUAGUCCAGCAUCGAAUCAGGUGCGGCAGGUACGUGAUUUCCCUUGCUUUGGGUAUCUAUAGGAACAAUUGCCGGAUCCAGAUACCAGUAUCCAAUAUCCGGCAAAAUGAAGACAUCGGCACCAUCAAGUGUCCCGGUAAAAUUUAUUGGAUAUUUACCGGAUAGUAUACUGGAACUUUUAUGAUAACCACAAAACCUUCUGUUUUGCGUUAUAAAAUAUUGUGAAACACAAACAACGAGUCAGUACUAUCCGGUAUCCGGCAAAACAGUAUCCGGCACAUCCCUAACAAUUGGCUAAAAUCGAGUGGUUGUGUGUGAGCGCUCAUUCACAAGAAUCAAGUCAUAAUUAUGACAAUUUUACGUAUACAAUUUUCUUUAGGGCUAUUUUCUACUUCAUUAUAUGGCAUCUCUGGUGGGCGUGACGAAUUUUGAUAAUUUUCUCAAGGAGUAUGUGCUAGAAUAUGGUGGAAAACUUGUUAACUCUGAGGUACGUCGCGGCUGUUAAGUCAAAUGGUUGUGUAGUCAAAUACAUGUUUGCUUUGUUUGAUAAAUGGGAGGAUAUAAAUAGCACCAUGCGUUAGGUACAGUAUGCAUGAUACAGGUAAUUAAAUGAUGCAGGCUUUUACAAGACGUGGUUUCCUCAUAAAAACAUUUAAGCGUUCUGCUUAUUACCAAUUUCGGUUCUAAAGAAUAAGUACACGAGAAAGUGUUGCUGAUGCAGAUGUUAACUGAUCUAGCAGGGGGGUGGGGGAGCAGUGUGCACCCCUUCUAGUGGUGUCCCGCAUCCCCUUCAAAAUUAAACUCUGCUAUUCGUAUUAAGUUUAGAUUUCUCGCUUUUUAAGUUGUGAAUAUUACUUAUAUUUUGAAACUAUUGAAUUUCGAGUAUGUGCUAAUAGGGUGGGUUGCUGUAACCAUAGUUAGUUAGCAGGUGGUUUAGACCGUGUUAUAGGUUAAGCACAUUAAUUUUAUACAUGCAUGUUAUCCACAUCAGAUGCGUGUUUGUCUCGCUGAUAUGCUACUGUUUCAAAAUGAUUUCAACGAAAGAUUUUUUUGCUGGGUUAAGACGAUCAUCAUUCGGUGUAGAACAUUAUAUUUACUUUUAUAUUUAUUUUUGCUUGAAAUACAAGUACCGUGAGGACAAAUCAAAUAAAUUUAGUGCUCAGAAUGCAGGAAAUGACAUUUCAGGGCUUCAAAUUUCAAACAAUUUCUGGGGGAGCAUGCCCUCGGAAACCCUAGUAAUGCACACCCUCUGAAAAAACUCCACCCGGUAACUAUUUCCUCUUUUCUAGGAAUUUUUUGAAUAUUUUGAGAAAAGGUUUACCUCUUUGAGGUAGGUUUACCAUGUCGAAAGAAGGUGCUUUAGUUCUAUACUUCUCAUGUGAUUAACUGCAACGUAAAGAAUUAUCAAUUCUUAUGUCUCGUACUCAUCCUGUUUAUUCAUGUUUAUUUUAGGGAAGAGAAUAUAAAAGAUCGAUUAAUGCAAGAAUGGUUAGAGCGGCAUGGCCUACCUGUGGUUAGUGUUUUCAUCUUGACACCUCAUUUCCAGGGCUUCCUUGCGGGUGCUCCAGGGAAGACAAUGCAUGGGAGAAGACUUCAUCCACACGCGCCCAUAAGAAGUCCUUGGGAACACGUGUGGUCUUAUUAUUAACAUAUAUAGAAUUGAAUACAGAGAGGAGCAAUUUUUUACUUGUUGCCUGGCGGGAUACAUUGCAUUGAUCACAAAUCAGCCAAUCACGUUUGGUGUUCACCCUGGCUAUAAAACACUAGGCUUUACAUUAUGCUGUAUUUCUGUGAGCCAUACCUGUAGAUUUUAUUUUUGUGGAGGUAGCUGAUCUUUAGAUGGAACUAUGCCACAUUCUCGUACCCAGAACCCGUCUUAUACACGGUCAACAGAGCAUGACAAGGGUCACGGGGUACGAGAAUGGGUUGCGCCGCAUUUGCCGCAACUGCAGAUCAAAAUUUAGCCUCUGAACAAGAACAAAAUGUCAAGUGUGCCAAUGUCAUGUUUAUGCGCAUACUCUGGGUAUUUUAGUCUUAACAAGUGCAUAUGUUAUUUAUUUAAUACAGAAUAUAGAAGUGCACUCUGAGAGUGCAUUCUUGCAGUUAUUCCAGUUAGUCAGUAACAUCAGGCUUAUAUAACAAGCUCCAAAUGAAUUUUAGAGUUAGCAACACAGCAAGUAACUUCAAGCUUACAUACCUAGUAGCCUGCUCACAGACGUUGUAGUUCUUACGCCAAGCGACGAAAUACUACCGUCUGCUUACCCGAGCGCCAUAUUCAAUUCCCUUUGUUUUAGGAGCCAAUCAUCUGGCAGUGUUCAAAAAAGUUAGAGCCAAUUGGAAGCCGCCUUAUUGAGAGAUUAGCUACUGGGGAAAGCCGUUGCACAUGCAUUGGAAUAUAUUGUUUGGGUUGAAACUUGAAAUUUUUUUACUUGCGUGGAUAUAUUUUGGAAACUAUAGCGUUCAACUUCACGAUGUUUACGUAGAAUAAUAUUGUGAUCAUCUUCUCGCAUGUUCAGCAAACAAUUGGUGUAUAUAAAGUGCUAAAGCAAUGCAGUAGGCGAAAUUUAAAUUUUUGUUAAUAAUGACAAACAAUCAAUUGGGAAACUCGAGUAUAUCCGGAUAUGUUCAAAUGUUGCUCUUGAUACUUCCUAUAUGCCAUGACUUCGACGAAAACUUCUAAAAGAUUAAGCUCUCAUUGUCAUGUAGAAAAGUAUAGCCAAGUUAGAGUAUAUUAAACGUUUCGAAGUUUGGGCGAAUUGGAAAAUUCAUCACGGCGCAAUUUUAAUACAAGUUUCUCGGGUUUGUGUUGUGUUUACAGUUUACAUUCAGAAGUGGUUGCUCAAACAGCAAAUUAGUUUACUUUGAAGCUAAUAUUUCGCUUUCUAAGGCACAGUAUAAUAUAAAAUUUUCUGUCUUCCGAGUUCUGUUGUCUUAUAAAGAUAAACCGUUAAAAUUUCAGCGAAAUAUAUUCGGCAUUUGAUGCUGUCUGGCUAAGAUUCAUACAGUAUAAAUAUGCCAAUCCUGUCCACGUUUUAAAUAUAACCGAACAUCUUUAAUAUCCAAAUCUGAUCAUUAAUGGUGCAUUUUAUUACCUGGACAAGUAUCAGUAUCUUUAAAUUCAAUUUAUGUGCAAUUUUGACCAAAAUUCAACCGACGACUGCUUUCAAAAUAUAUAUUUAUAUUUAUUCCGCUCCUAAAUCAACUGACGUCACUUUCCAGAAUUUGGAUGGUAAAUUCUGAUUGGUCGACAUAGCGGAAUUCAGUUUGGCGCUCGGGUAAGCAGACGGUAGUAUUUCGUCGCUUGGCGUAAGAACUACAACGUCUGUGAGCAGGCUAACAUACCUAGCGGCUAGGCUGGCUCGCCUCGCUACACAUACUUUUUGGAGUUAGGCAGCAACUCAAUUCUUAGAUACCUAGUUUUUUCAUGAUUUUUGGAGUUAUCAGUGGCGUAGUCAUCCCGACAAUUUAGUCCCGAUAUGUAAAUUCAAAAUUAUUCUCAUUCAUUUCUUUAGAGAUUGAAUGUUUUCACAGUCAAUGAACACGAAAAUAUUUGCAUAGCGGGACUAAAUCGUCGGGCUGGCUACGCUACUGGGAGUUAUACUUAGCUCCAAACGAUUUUUGGGUCAUAACAUGAUGAUAAGUGAACUGUGAACAACAAUUACAGUUCAAAUACAGUAGUCAAGCAAGACUUUGCAGUAGUGAACCAAGUUGAUGGGCGGGCGGCACACAUGACCGACAUAACUCGGCACCAGAGCUGGCAGAGCACACCCCCACCAGAUCAUGCUGGAUCCAUCCCUGUUUUAAAUUUUUUUUUGAGUUAUACCUAGCUUCAAAUAAUUUUUGGAGUUAGCCAGUAACUCCACAAUUCAUAUUUGUCGGGACCCCGUUAUUGGAGUUUAUCUCUGUGGUCAGUCCCAGCCAAUGCACUCGUAGAUAUUUGAAUAAGUUUAAUAUUUGUUUGGUGCGGCGAAUCUUGUAAAAUAAAAUAAAAUAAAAUAAAUAUUUCAGCUCAGUUUUGAAUUAGACAAGUUACUCAAGUGUAUAUUUUGGUUUGGAGUUAGCCCUUUAGACUUUGGAGGUGGCGUCACUCCUUAACUUCCUACUUUCUACAGGAAAGUGCGAGCGUGAAACCACCUCUGACACCCAGGGUAUAGAUAAUUUGAGUGCAUCUGACAUUACAUGUUUUUUUGUUCAGCAUGUUCCAAAGAAAAUCGGUAGACCUGAUAAUCAUCUUAUUAACGAAGUGGAAAGCGAGGUAAUAUAUUAUUCUAUACUUACUGCACUGUUAUAGGUUUCACCUUAGCGAUACUGUGUUUCAGGAAAAACAAAAUGAAGAAUUCCCUUGAAGUUAAGACAAGUGCAACCAUUUCUUAUAUGUUAAUAAUGUUAUGUAUUGUUUUCUAGUUUGGCUUCUGGAAGAAAACGGAUGCCGUUAACAAGAGAAAAAAGACGCAACACAUUAGAACGAAAAAGCCAAUUAAAGAUCAUCCUACAGUGGUAUGUAUUUCACUUUGUAUAAAACAGAUCUGUGUUUUCCCUUGCUUAGUACCACACGCACCAUCAUUAUCUGAAAUAUGUCUUUAACGUCUGAGACGUAUAAUAUAAAAAAACCCCCGGGAAAUUAGACCUAACAGACGUCUUGUCAUGAUAUAUCUGGACCAGAAACUUCAGUCAUUCGGCCUAAGACGGCAGAAUUGAUGCCCAAUAGCUAUGAAGGUUGUAAACAGUUUUGGUACUACUUUUUCCCAGCGAAUUCCAGUUUUUUUCUAACGGACCGUAACGCUAAUGAAGUUUUCAGUUAUAAAAUCAUAAUAUUGUCUCAAAAUAGGAAAUUUCCGCCCACUUCUGGCAGCUUCCUGUCCGACUGCACGGACAAAAACAAUGAAAAGGAAUUGUCACUGGACGCCAAUUUCCGCCAUCUUGGCUUAGGCGAGGCGUGUAAACUUGGACGCACUUGGCUAAGAAACACUGUAGCUGUUGGUCAAUUCGAAAUAUUUUUGUGAUUUCAUUCUUAGUGUUGUGUUCAACUGUUCAUCUCGUAUUUUCUUAUCUAUAUUACGCGCACUUAACCAACGGGACAUUUAACCAGACGUCUAAUCCGUCUUCUAUUAUAAAUAUCACUGGGCCAAACUAAGUUGGUUUGGUUCACCGUCAGAUAAUAAUUUUGAAGAAUAGAGGUACUUCUAUUGGUACACAAGGUUCGUAGCGGUCUUUGAAAUCCUUGAAAGUCUUUAAAGUUGAAUGCUGGGGCCGGUUGUAUCAAGCCCGUUUAGCUUAAACGGUGAUUAAGUUCAAAAUAGAAAGCAAGUCUAUAGAUUCAUUCAACAACCAACCUAAAAGUUUUGAACCUUAAUAGAACGAUAAUGUUUACAACUACAUAAUUAUUCAGUGCACAAUAUUUAAGUUGACUGAUUCACGAGAGAUAUAGGAGUGUUAUUUAAUUGUGACUUAUCCACCAUUUAAGCUAAACGGGAUUGAUACAACCGGCCCCAGGUCUUUAAGGUCUUUAAUGAAAAGUCUUUGAAUUGUGUGAAAAAACGAAGAAAGUCUUUAAAAAUCUUUAAAUGCUUUAGUGAGUAUUUGAUUAUACGAUUUCCUAGCUAAUAAAGUAGAUUGAUUGAAGCAAGAUUUUCGCAAAUAUCGACGAAAAGGUGCAUUUUAGGAUGUGAUUUGACCGGACUAAUUGACCGGACUAAUUACCGGGUAAAAAUGGUCCUUACACUCGCAGUUUUUCGACAGCUGCUCUCAAAGAUCUUUGAAAAGUCUUUGAAAAUAGGCAGAAAAAAAUAUUUGAAACUUUUUAAAUAUUUUUGGUCUUGGAGACUAUACGAACCCUGGUAUAUGAUAUUAGCAUAUACUCGGGACGUGAAUAGUACUUUUCGUGCAAUUUGAUUGGUUGCUGCGCUCCGGAUAUCCUUGCACUAUUCACCUCCGGACAAAAAAAUGGUUUCUGUUUUGUUCCGAAUAUGAUACAGACGAGAACAUCUUUAUACGAAACGAAGCUACGGUUCUGGCAAACAUAUAAGGAAAGCCUCAAAGUAUUAACAGUACACUCGGUUAUUCUUUAAAACAUCUCUAGUGAAUAAAAUCACUAAUCUUGUAAAUACAGAAAUACUGUCUUGUUUACAACUACCAUUGUGGGAGCUGUAACACAAAUUGUUUUCAAUUUUCGUUGCUUUUUGAUCGUUUUUGUUUUGUUUUGGUAUAUGCUAAAACAAUUAUUCAUCUGAGUGUCGGUGAAUGGGAUAUAUUCACCUCGACACUCUGCAUUGGUGUAUAGCCUUGCACUAUAUUAAUCACCCCCACUUCGGUGAAUAAUUGUUAACUACAACGUAGAGUCAACCGCACCUGGAAAGUGACUGCAAAUGCAUACUAAUGUUUAUUUUUCUUUAUUUAAGAAUGACCAGAUUCAGUUGGUUGUCUUAUUGGAAAGAUUACUUGAGCGUGAUGCCAUAGCAACAGCCACUCUUACGCAACUAGAUAAUUGCUAUCAUUUCGCUCAGAAGAAUGCCGAGGUUAGUUUAACAGUUCAGGGGCCUGUUGUUCAAAGCUGGGUUAGCUUAACCCUAUAUAGGUUCACCUAAAAUUCAAAGCAAACUUUCCAACAGCUUGUUUAUAAAUUUGGAAAUAUUUCUUCAGAGAUCGUGUCUGAAUCAGUAGGAGUUUUCUUCUCUGAAGUUGCAAAAUAAACAGACCUGCAGAAAUACAUAAACUAAAACAGCAGGUUAAAUUUUAACCCAUGCAGGGUUAGCGCUAACACACCUUUGAACAACCGGCCCCAGGUAUAUAAUUUUUUCACAAUUCGACUUUCUGUUAUUCUAAUAAUAGAACGAAAAACAGGGAGGGGUGUUAAUGACACAGUGGUUAAUGCAUCGGUGCCUUUCACCUCUGCGACCGGAGUUCGAUUGCGUUCUGACGCUAUUGUUAUUAUCUAGGUUCGACAUCGUUGGUGCGAACUUGUUGUAAAACACAGGUAUGUUAAGCCCGCACUUUAGACUACAGAGUGUCCCAAAAUAACCAAACUAUUGAAAUAACGUAUUGUUAGAAUUUGAAUGUCUCAGUACUAGCUCCGUUGAACUCACAAGUGCAUGCAUAAAAGCUUGACAUGAGUAAAUUUUAUGCGUAAAGAAACUGUUUAAAAAGCUGCUUUAAAUUCCCAAGAGCAGAAAAUCGUGCGCUUUACAAAGAUAUUUUAAUUUCUUAAUAAGUCAAUAUUUAUAAUUUAAUUUAAUUUAAUUUAUUAGCUUUGCCUUGUAGAUAACUAUAUUACAAUUAAUGGCAGGGAGUCCGUAACAGCACUUAGCCAAUUACUACGGCCCCGUAAAACUAACAUUAAAACUAAUAUUACAAAUUUAACACAUACAAUAAUCAACUAACAACAAACAGCAUAUGAAAAUAACAACAAUACGUCUGUCACAUGCAGCACGAGAUUGGAAUACUAAGACUACGAACAGAGUUACACUUUGGACAAAUGGUUUUGUACGAACGAGGGUCGUUGACAUUGUAACAAGUUCUUAAUGACAUAGAGUAAUAAUUAAAAAUGACAGUUUUAAAUGUAGAGAAACCACAUGUGUCCAGUUUUAGUUGAUCGGCGAGGAGGUUCCAGAUCCGAGUUGAUCGGAUAAAGAAGGAUCGUUGAUAGGUGGAUGUCUUGCAUUUCGGAAUGACAUAUUUGGUGGAAGUACUGGUGGAAGAUCUAGUUUGUCUGGAGGUGCGGAUUGUUGGAAGGAGAGAUUCAUUUAUGUCUACAAGUCCGUGGGUAAUCUUGUAAAAGAGAACCAUGUCAAGGUACUCAUGCCAAUAACAGAUUGGUAGCAGCGAUAGAGCCUGGAGCCUGGUGGUAUAGUCCAUGGUACUGGAAAAUGGUAACUCGAGGAUGAAUCUAGUUGCUCUUCUCUGUGUGCGCUCGACUUGUUUCAACAGUUCAACGGACUGUGGAGCCCAUAUUUGUGUUGCAUACCCUAGGUGUGGUCUUACAAGGGCCAGAUACAGCGUGCGCCGGACUGAGGUGUUGUGGAAUAUAUGCACCCUGUCAAUAUUCUACGCAUCUUUGCGUUCAGUUUAGUGCUAGGGCAUUCAAAUUCUAACAAUACGUUAUUUAAAUAGUUUGGGGGUUUUUUGGACACCCUGUAUAGUCCAGAAAAUGUAUUCACAUUGAAUACACGUGUAUUCGUAUUCAAAAAGCAUGAUUUUGAGGUUUAUCAGGAAUUACUGUACCCGAACCUACAGUAGAAAGCCAUGGGAGGAUUAGUAUAUUGUUUAGUUUUUUACUACGUCCCAACGGUUGAGAAAGAUUCAAUCACUCCUCAAUCGAGCCUCGUAGGAGGUAAUUCUAGGUAACUAAAUAAUAAUUUCAAUGUCUCAGGAAAUAAAAAUGCUAGGUGCUUAAACCAAGUGAAUCCAUUUUAUUGCUUUUGCGGGCGUUUUAAGCACUUGUAAAUUGCAAAGAGUAGUGAGAUUUUUAUGUAGUUGUUACCAAAUUUACAUAAGGUUUCAUAAUGCGGGGGUCUAGUGAAUCUUCAAGGAAGUCCACAGUUGAUUUCGGUGAUCUUUUUCUUCUUUAUACAUCUAGAUACAACCCUGGUUAUCCUCAAGUGAAACGAUUUCUGAUUGAAGAUCAAGUAUGUAGCUGCAUGCAUAAUUAAUUCGCCACUUUGGAGGAGUAAUUAUAGAUGGGGUGAAUCUUCUCAUUUUUUGUGAUUGUAGCAAUCCGAGGUGGCACUCUAACUCCAGUCUUUCACAAAUUCUUGAUAUUAAAUUCCCGUUCUGUAUAUUCCGUCGCGUCACCGCAUGGGCUGAGCGCUGCUGCCGCUGCAUUCGCAGUUGGUUCUUGGUUAAAAGCUCGUAGCUCGUGUUCUUUUGAAUUCUGAAAUUAACAAUUUGCUUUCCUAGGGAAUGGGGAUUUACCUCUUUGGUGAGCUGCUUAUAUCACAACAACCGAAACAAAAGCAAUUGGUUUGGGAUGUACUAUCUACCAUCGGUGGCGAGAUGGAUCAAUGUACAUUAAAGACUGUGCAAGAUAUGUUGGAAGGAAGAGACUGAAAAUGAAUCCAUGUGCGAGUGUUUGGGAGACAUCGUUGUUAUACUGUACAGUUUCGGUACAGGACCAUGCCACAGAAUAAAGACAUACAGAAGUGUAACUUCCAUUACAAAACCGUAAGGCGCUUUUUACCGAAAUAGCUGGCGGCCAUGUUCUUAGCAAGUGCCCUAAAGAGAGGCAUUCACCCCCCUGGGAUAUUAAAUUUUCAAUAUGUUUUCAGGGGGGUGACUGCCUCUCUUUAGGGCACUUGCUAAGAACAUGGCGGACUGAAAAAAUCCCUUACGCACUUUUAAUAAGAAGAUACACUUCUGUAUGUCUUUAUUCUGUGACCAUGCCAUGCAUAACCAUAGCAUCAGGAUAUGAUGGUCUGGAAACUAAACAGUAAUCAUUGUAUUAUGUUUUUUGGUGAAUUUGUGCACGGUCACGCUCAUUGUAUUUUCGUAUAAUGAAGUGAUCGUGAAGGUGAAGUGUGCAAUCAUGAUCAUAAUAUUUACUGAAGUUGAGAGAAAGGAUUUGUGCACGGUGAGGCACAGUUCAACAUCAAACAAAGUUCUUCUAUUUUAUGGCUUUGAUGUUUGCCGGGUUUCCAGGCCAUCAUUUCCUGACAAGACGAUGGCAUACAGUAGGUGCCAGAGGGUUGUUCCACGCUCGCUGAAAUAUCGCAUAAUAUAAAGCCUACAGCAGUACAAGGGCAAGGCGAGCUGGAGCAAGGGGCCAGUUAGCCUGCUGGCAGUGGUUUCCGAGCUCAGAAACCACUGCCAGCAGGGUAGGGGCCAGUCUGUUGCUAUUUGAAAAUUAACGUUUUGAGUGUGGAAAAACCUCUGGCGUCCAGGAUGUAUGAAAGAAGUGAAUAGGAAUAAGUAUCGUCGAGGGAAUUUUUACAUAUUAACGUUGCAUGUUGAAAGUUGCAUGUGAAAAUUGCACUGGCAGAUAAUUAUCAAACUUAUGGUCUCUGUGUUGAAAAAAGGAUUGAACUUAGUGAUAGUAAAGAUCUGGCUAUACGCCAUAUUCAAGUUAUUUAAAGUGAAAUAACUGCAUUUGGUUCAAAUUGAUUUAUGGGGCAUGUAUAUUGUAAAUUUUUGAUCAAUUCUAUUUAUAUAAAUUAUUUACAUAUUGGCCGUGCGUGAUGGAGAUCAUGGAAUUAAUAUAGUCAAACUAAACUGCAUGCGUCAUAUUUGCGAAAUAUCCAAGUA